CAAGGACUAUUAGGGAGAAUACCUAAAAGUAAAUUAGGGCGAACUUGGAUCAAAGUGGAUAAUAUCGUACUAAUUGAGCUACCUGGUUUCAACAAGUAGUAUCAAAACCUAGUUCGCUUUCAUUUCGGGAGAGUGAACGUCAGUUUGGUAGAACCCUCUCAUCCGAUGACCUCGAGAUUUGAGAUAUGUCCUUGUUUGGCAGAUCGAGGAAGAUGUAAAUUUGUUUAGCGUAUCAAGUUGACAGUUGUGUCUGUUUGACGGAUCAAGGGAGGUCUGCGUCUUUCUGGUAGAUAAAAGGUGAUCUACAUAUGGUCUGACAGAUCAAGAUAAUCGCUGAGGCAUGGAGGAUUGUUAUAGGAUAGUUCAAGUACAUCAUCAAAAAUAAAAGAGAAGAUAUCCUUGUAUAUUAGUGUCCACUGAACCUAAUUAGUGGUAGGAGACCUUUUAGGGAGGAUAUCCAAAGUAAAUCCGUGCGGGUUGGCCCAAAGCAAAAUUAGCUACCUGGUUUCAACAAGUGGUAUCAAAAUUGGUUCCAUUUCGAUUUGGGAUGAUGGACGUCAGUUUGGUGAAUCCUCAUUCAAUGACCUCAGGAUUUGAGAUCUUCAUAUGUUUAGCAUAUCAAAGGAGAUAUGCGUCAGUCUGGAAUAUCAACCGAGAUAUGCAUCUAGUAAAUCCUUCUGUCGAAGAGCAUGUUGGUACAAGGUAUCUGACAUAUCAAGAUAAUCGAUGAGGGAAGGAUACAAAGUUCGUUGUCCUUCUCUUGAGGGGAGGAUCGAUAUGGUACAAUCCAAGUAUCACAUUGGAAAUGCAAGGGAACACCCCCUUUGUAUAUUAGUGUUCACCUACCCCCUUGAAUUGUCUAAUCUCGUUUCCACAUGCUUAAUCGCAACUAAACGGACUAAAUGUAUACAAAAUUACACUCUCUUGAACCCUGUUAAAUACACUACAUUUCGUCAUAUCUACUUUUAUCACUUCCAAAAUUUUCUCCCCUUCUUAUCACAAAAAAAUAAUUCAUCAUCUUCCCAUCAAAUAAAAAAAACUUUCUCUUAUUUCCACACUCUUCCUUUUUUGUGUUUUUUUUCCUUUGAUGACGUCAUAUUUUAUUAUACAAAAUAUGUUCAAAUUUUUAAUCUUAAUUAACUAUUACCACUAUAUAAAAAUAACGAACAAAUGAUUUAAAUAAAAUAAUAAAAUACACACUACACUAGAUUGAAACAAAACGAUAAACUUGGAGACUUUGAUAUGUUGGUUUUCCCAUUAAAGCAAAAUGUCAUUAGUUGGAGACAUAAUAUCAUAAUAAUAAACCCCAAAACAAUUUGGUUUGGUAGUUUAACGCCAACCAUUCAAAUCAUUAAUCAUCUAUAAAAGAUUCUCCGCUUUAUACCAUUUUUUUUUUUAUUUUGAUAAAAUUCAGAGUUUUUCUUCUUCUUCGUAUAAAUAAACUUCCAAGUUGAAGAAGAUGGACGAGAAAAACAAAAUGAAUACGCCACUUUGGCGGGAAAACAACAAAUUAGCAGAGGCGGACAUUUCCUUACAAAAAUAUCACGACGUUUUUCUCCAAAAUAAUAUCUCGUCCUCCCCCUUACGUGGCGACCACCCAUUGGCUACGAGAUGAUAAGAAACGAGCGUCACAAAUUCAUCCCACUUUCCGAUUAUAUGUAAACCCGAUUCCUCGUCACCGCCUCAAACAACCAUAUCCUCCCGCAAAGCGAGCAAGUAAAAAAAAAAAAAAAAAAUUCCGAUUCGCGAGAGAGAACCAUCCGAAUUCUCUUGAAAGAAUGGCAGCCAUGGCAGCAGUAGGUCUCAGCACCAUCUCAACCGCCCCAGCGAGCUGGAAGGCGAUGGCGGAAUCCCCUAGGUCCCAGCCGCAGGCGCUCCUGUCGAUGAAGCAGCAUCUGGCGGUGGGGGCGGCGACGAUGAAGAAGGGAGGAAGAUUGGGAGGGUUCCGGCCGGUGAUGGCGGCGCCGGAUCAGAUCCAGAGCCAGGUGGAGGAGAGCAUCAAGGGGGCGGAGGAGACGUGCGCGGAGGAUCCGGCGAGCGGGGAGUGCGUGGCGGCGUGGGACGAGGUGGAGGAGCUGAGCGCCGCCGCGAGCCACGCCCGGGACAAGGCGAAGUCGUCCGACCCGCUCGAGGCCUACUGCAAGGAAAACCCGGAGACCGACGAGUGCCGCACCUACGACAAUUAACCCAACUCUGUGUGCUUUGUAUGGAAGGGAAAGGGUUGCUCUUGUUGUUAAUCUGAGAAUACAGAAUACUCUUUUUAAGUACUGUGAUAAAACAGCAUCAGAUGUUUAAAAUUAGGGAUGUGGGGAUUCAGUAUAUUGGGUUGUUGAAAUAUUUGAAGUGUGGUUCCCGCUCUGUGAUGAUUAAUUAAUUGAUAUAUGUUGUUGGUGAUGAUGAUGAACUUGUUGUAGCUGAUGAUGGUUGCUGAUAUACAUAUUUCUUGAAUAGGGUGUUUGAUAUACUGUGUUCAGUUUUUGAUGGUCUUUCAUUUGUGUUGGAUAUUUCGCCAUUGGAAGAUGUAUAGGGUGUUUCAGAUUAGUCUUUCUAUGUUGCUCUGGCUUGUCUUGUGGGGUUUGUGACAUAGCUAAUAGCUAUUGCUUUAUCUUGGUUUCAAGGAUAUGCUUGUUCUAGAUUCGGUUUUAUCUUUGUUUGGCGAACUAGUCUUUUAUAUCUUAGCCUCUUAGGGGUCGUUUGGAUCAAAGUUUUUUAUAAUGAGGGAUUUGAAGUCCAAAUCUCCGGUUUUGGAGGUGGGAUGUAGCCCAAUUAUGUGUUUGGUAAUGGAUCAAAGAUUUAGGUCUAGUUUGCUUCAUGGAAUUGAUCAUGGAUUUGAUAUUCAUGGAAUUGAUCAUGGAUUUGAUACGUAAAAACCAAGCAUCAUGGACUUUGUACACAAUCCGUCCUUUGCUUGAUGGAUUUAGGAGGAAUAAAUUCGUAGGGCCCACGGACUUGAGAAUUCCACCCCAAGAGAUGAGAUUUGUGUUGGGGCCGUACAAAGUCCAUGAUGACUUUUUACAAUUUUAACCCUACUUAUUUCACUAAUAAUCUACUCAUUCUCUUUCAUUUACUAAUUACCAACUUGAAGUGCAUAUAUCCAUGGUUUUGUAAAACUCAGGUUUUAACCAAAACCUUCAUUUUUCAAAUCCAUGAAGCCAACGAGCCCUUAAUCCAAUCUAGCCCAAUUACACCAUUGAUGAAGAGGGUUUGGAGAAACGUCAUUGAUGAAGCUCAAGCUUUGUGGAGGAAGGGAAUUGGGAGAUGAGGGUGGAGGAGAGAGAUGGAGGGUUUGCUUUUGUUAAGUGGGUCGGGUUGGGUUCAUGGGUUGGGUUGGGGGUAUGACGUGAUGGGUUUAGUGACGUGGCGGGUCGGGUUUGACCAUUUAUGGCCCAAAACGACGCUGAUUAGGCUUUCUCGUUAGUCACAUCAGCACAUAACGGAGUCUUUUAACGGAGUUGGACAUAGACUAACGGAGAGCGACUAAAUGUGACCAGUUUCUGUAAUUCGAGUGACCAUAAUUGAUAUUAAUCUCUCAUCCAAAUGACCCCUCAGAUUUUCUUUUGUGUCAAAAAGCAUCCUCGUCUAUCUUAUACGUAUACUCAUUUACAGAUAUAUCAAAUAUAACAUUUAUGAACUAUUUUACCUUGAGAGUCUUUUUGUUAAACACUCUAUACGCCUCAUCAAUAAGUAUCUAGAGAACACAUAAGAUUUUCAAGAUGAUCUUUUGUGUUUAAUGCAAAACAUUUACUACCAAAGGGAUGUAAAUAACUUCGAUUAAUUUUUUUUUUCCUUUCCAAGUGUCAUAUGAAGUUUGCUUGAUACCAAAUUUAAUUAUGACUCAAAUUAGUAAUGUAACAUGCAAUAUCUGUGACUUCUUCCGAAAAGUGUUUUGGUAAGCUAUAAUCAUGUGACAUUGCUUGAGCUAUGGAUCCAACUCUAUACGGAGCCGAGCUCGCAUGAUGUAAGGCUCAAUUUUUUCCUUUUCACAACUCCAUCUUGAUGCGAAGUUCUUAAAGUAGAAAAUUUAUGAGUUAUACCGAAUUCAUUGCAAGAACAUUCAAAUUUCUCAUACGAAUAACUCAUCCAAACGACCUCUGAAGUCAAUUGUUGCAGCAAUUAUUGCAGGUCGGGGAUCUCCUGUCACCGCCGGUUUGGUGAUGAAGCGAUUUUUUAAUAAUUAUGGUGGUAUUAGCUCAUUGUAGGCUGUUAGUUCCAUUUUUGUUUGCUAGUCCUUACCAGAAUGGUAAAGUUAGCAUUUUUGUGUUAUUUUUUGGGUUAAUAUGCUAUGUUUUGACCUUGUUAUUUGUGUUUUGUAGUUUUGUUUGAUCGUUUCAACCACCAUAGCCAACUUAUUAUUUUUAGGAUACUCUAAUCUAUGAUGAGACGUCAACAACUUUUGAAUGGUUGUUCAACGCAUUUUUUGUGCAUGCAUGAGAAGUAAGAGAUCUACAUCCAUGUUUAGUGACCAAGUUGUGGUUGUUGGCGUAAUGUGAGAACUUUUCAAUUAUUUCCAUGAGUUCUCACAUGGCAUAUGACACAUAUUGCAACUACAAUUCUAGGUUUUCUUGUGUGAUUGGACUUUUUAUUGUGAGCUUAGGUAUUUGAUGACGAUGCUGAUUUUGAAUACAAUUGAAAGAAGAUGAUGGAAAACUACUUUCCUGGAAAGUGGCUCCAUGAGGCAUAGUUGGUUAGAGGGUAUCCACAAUGUUAGGCAGAAGCAAUCAUUGGCGUGGGUGAAAAAUCCGUUUGGUGCGAGUACGACGAGCAUGUAGUUAAACAAGUCUUACAACAACAACAUUAGACAUUUAUAGUCAAAUUUUAGCAUUAGCGGGUUCUUCAAGUAUUUUGAGAGAAUGAUGGACAACGAGAGAGCUGAAAAUGAGAUAUAAGUGUUUUAUGCAUGCAACAGGUUUUCUGGCUCUCGUUUCUUGUGUAGUGACUUGGUUAAGCAAUUUCCUAACAUGUAUACGUCGAAAUUAUUGGAGUAUUUUCAGAGCAGUACAUGUAAUCUCCUGUCUAUAAUAUUGUUCCUAAUACUUAGUCGGUAUAUGAAGGCAAUGUAAGAACUUUUUAUGCGUUCAAACUGGAACAGAACAUUCAAGAUUGGGUUGCAGUCCAUCAAUAGGGCUGGGAAACAAUGUGGUUGCAAUUAAUCGCAUCAAAAUUGGCGAUUAACUGCAAUAGAAGCAAAGCCAUAUUCGCCAACUGCAACUGCACUGAAAACGGUUAGCGGUUAACCGCAACAGCUGGUUUAUGUUAUACGAGCCCUGUCGAAUUGCUACUUGUGUGCACGAUGGUGUGUUUGAGAGCUCAAGUACUCAUUCACUUUGGACUUUAUGUCAUUCACUCACAAUCUUAAUUAAUUCUGAUUAAAGAGGCUAUUGCAUGUUGUGAAGGCCUAUUUGAAUUAUUAAUUGAUGUUAGUAAAUCGGUUACCCCUUAUUCAAUUGCGGUUAAACUACAAACUGAAAACAUAGCAUUUUGCUAAGCACGACGUCGACAGCGUAAGAGCCUUCAUAUUCGGUUUGCAGUUUGGGUGCAGUUGGCAGUGUAACCGCGAAACAGCAACCAUUUUCCCACCCCUAGGCAUUCAUGAUUGAUUGGUAAUGGGUAUUCCUACAUGUAGAUUAAUAGAUUUUGUAGGAUUAGAUGUUUUGAAUUCACAUAAUUGUAUCUUUGUUAACUCCAUGGUUAUUAGACCCGUUUAGAAGCUAAAAACCAAAAAUUUACAUGUUUAAUGAACUUUAUUGUACAAA